AAUAAACAGUAUUCUACGAUAAUAGGAAGAAGGCCCAUAUGGCAUAAACCAAAUGAGCAAGUCACGUGAUAGAAUGCGAUCAAAUAAUUGUGAUGAUAUAACAAAGAAUAAAAGUAAAUAUGGAGAGGUUGCUUAGGGCCACUACAUUGCUGGAUAAUUUUUCACAGAAACAAACACAUUCAGUCCAAAAGAGACUUUGUUAUAUUGGACGACAAAUUGAUGGCUUUAUUGAAAACACUUCAUCAAAGAACGGAUACAUUAUCCAAGUUCUUUUGCGUCUACCAAUUAUUCUCGCGAUGCACGUGUGGCUACUGCUUGGUCCGGCUACAGAAAACAGAGCGUUUGAUUUGCCGCUGCUCUGUAUCAGGUUAAGUGGGGCUUUUGGAAUAUUGUGUUCGUGGAUGUUCGGGACGGAAACCUUACUGCUGUUAUAUGUGUCAAUAUUCGGAGAACUGAGUAUAGGAUAUGUGGAGGAGGCAUUGUUCUGGACGUUCCAAAAUAAUGCUGACAAUGUUUGCUACAUGACAAAUGUAAUCGCAUGGGGUGAUGAUGAUGACUUCUGGUGGAUGCCUGUUAUAACCAUGUUUUUAAUUGAAACUGCAUACUUUUGGUUCUUCACACGAAUCCGAUUCAAUCUGCUUGGUGCAAGCUUGCUAACAUUUAUUCCCUUUCUAAGUGUGUUAAUCCUUCCAGCUUUUGGUAUUUUUCAAAACGUAACAUCUACGGCCGCCUUUUGUGUGAAUAAGAUAAGAUUGAUUAUUGUCAUGAUAGAAAUGUCUGAAGACUUCGAGUUUAUGGAUAAAGUUUUUGAUCUCCAAAAACUAAAUGUAGAGAUUGUACGAUACAAAGGACUUAACAGAAUUGAAAAAGCAAAGUCUUUAAGACGUAUUAAGCACUUGGAACAACGGGUAAACGUAAAUCUGGGACUUCAACAGAUUCUGAACAAUUUUACAAGCAAAUUUAUCCAACAUAUGUCUCUUAGUUUCGGAAUCUGUUAUUUUAGUGCAGCACUUAUUCUAGAACUACUGGUGUUUAGGACAUCAGUUUCUCAUGCAUUAGAUUUUUACUUUGUUAUCCAGUUUUUCAUAGCGUGGUCAACAUCACCUGCAAUAGUUAUGGUACUGGCAAGUUUCUUCGGGUUAAUUGGGUCUCUGUUGAAUGGUCUAGGUGUGUGGCUUACAACAUGGGACAUAGAUUUUGCUGAUGCAGUAAAUUCUAGUAACGGAAUGGUAUCACAAUUGUUCUUUCUACAGUUAUUGAUAGAGUCUGGCAUUCCAUCAAAUUACAUUAAUAUAGAUAUAGAAUCUUUGAUUGUUGUUGUGCUGUUAGACAUAUAUGGCAGUUUAACGAUAGCAUUUCUUCAAACUACAAGUAAAAUACUUGAGAUCAGCAACCGAGGUUCAACUCUUCCUGUUUGGUUUUAUUUCCGUGUGCUCAUUGUUAUCAUCGCAUUUGUGAUAGCACCUGUAAGUGUUUCAAUCAUUGUGGCAAGCAUCCUAAUGAUCCAUGGAUGUUAUUCUUCUCUUCAGGGUGUGCAGGCUUAAUUUCAGAAGCUCUAUUUUUAGGACUUGAGUGGUCUUUGAUAUCACUGACGUGGUAUACUGACACAUAUUUGACUCUUAUCGAAAACUGCAUCGACUAUACUCGUGUUGCUAAACAAGUCAGCUGUAUUUUUCUGUUGCCUUUCCAGAUAUACUGUAGAUAUCACAUACGCUCUUUGAGAGCAUGGUGGAUGCUACGAGCUGGAAAUUUAAUUCUUGGUUAUAUUUUACUUGCUUCCAUUACGGUUUCUCAACAAGUUACAAUGUACAGAAGACGCAAACGGUUGCUACAUUUGGUUGACAGUUUUGACAAUGUAUCUUACUCAUAUUUGUCACCGGUUGAACAUGCAGAACCUGUUUGUUCCAUUUGUUUCUCGGUUUUAGAAGAGGGAAAAGCACUUCCGUGUAAGCACACAUUUCAUAAACUGUGCUUGCAAAGAUGGUUCCAAGUAAGGACGGUGUGUCCGCUAUGUAAUACAGAAAUACAAUAACGUCAGAAAGGAACCAUUUUUAUGCCUUGAGAUCUAGUUUUGAUACCCUUAUUACGAUCAAUGAUGAUCGACAUUGCAUGUUAUUACAUAAAGAAAUUGAUGUUUUAUUGCAUAUAGAAUAUCUAUGGUUUGCAUUGCAUGUUACUGCCUUAAAGAAACUGAUGUUUUAUUGCAUACAGAAUAGCUACACAGACAUCAGUUUACUUCCGACAAUUACAUUUCCAUCAGUAGGCGUCCUCUAAAUAUGACAAAUUCUUUGUCAUUUUGCAAAGUAUUCUUAAGAAAACCAAAGGCUUUUCUAAAACCAGAUAUACAUAAUAUAUGGAUAUAUAGUAUUUAUACGACGCAAACAAAUUUAACAACGAAACACUAUGUUCUACACAUCUAGUUUUUGACAAUCAUUAUUAUUUGUUAUUUUCUCGCUGACAUUUAUAAUACAGUACGAAAGUAUGUGUUUUACAAUUAAGUGAUAUCUAACAGGAACUGUAUGAAGCUAAUUUGUUAACUAUUGUUUCAAAUCAUAGUCUCGGACGAAAGUUUUAUAAGCAUAAUGUACAUAAACAAAAUGAUUUCUUCAAACUAACUGUAUUAAGCAAAUACAUGUAUAGGUCUCAAACUGAUAAUUGUUUCAAACCUGACUGUUUGACAUAUAUCUGUUUCAAACCAAAUGGUUCUACCAAAAUAAUGUUUCAAACCUAUUUUCUAAAAUAUUGUUUCGGGCUUGGUUUUAUAAAUUAGACAAGAUGGUAUCAUUUUCCUCAAACUUCAUAGCUUAUAGUUAGGGACAAACGAUUGUGUAAAUGAUUUGAAAUGUAUGGAAUAAAUCAAUGUUUAAUCAG